AGCGAGAAUGAAAGAAAAAGUCUUGCUAGAGCUCAUCUAGUUUCUGCGUGGGGUUUAUUGCUCUCAGCUAGCAGCUUUCAGCCAAGUAAUGGGGUAUACCCUGUAUACUUGACUUCACAAAGUGUGAAAAAGCUAUCUUCCGAUAUCCACAUAGUGAAAAAGCUUGUCAUGAAGACAAUGAUAGCAAUUCCACACUCUGCACUUGAGCACGGCAGUCAACAGGAGCUUUUGGUCUCUGCUCUCUCAAUGUCUUUCUUGGAUCAACUAGAUCAAAACUGUUGCAAGCUGGUGUAUAAUCUGGCACAUUCAAUCAUAUUUACUAUGUUGUCUGAUGUACUACAGAAGCAUACAGUCUUUAGUUCAUCUUCAACUCACACUGCAGCCUCUGUGGAAACGUAUGCCGAGGACCUCACAUCUAGUCUCCAGCAGCUCUGGAAGAUGUACCAGAAGGUUACAAUGUUGGUGGCUGAAGUAUACAGCCUUCCACACAGCGAUAUUCAGAAGGUGUUUUCUCUGCCAUUGUUGGCUCUAAGAACAACUUGCAGCAUUCUAUCGAGAGAUCUACUGGCAUGCAACAGGCUAGCAGAGACAAUGCUACCUUCGGGACCAGGAUCACUUGGUUUGCAGGGUAGAGAGGCAGGGUUGAUGCAGGGAAGCAUAGCUAAGUCCAUCAGUGAGGUAUCAGCUGUUCUUGCCAGCAUCAGUGAUGCUCUUGCUUCUUAUUGUGAUCAAAAGCCUGAUGCAAAUAUUGUUCUGACAAGUUUCAGUACCUGUGAGCCUUUUCAGUCUAGGCACACAGAGGAUGGUGUUGGCAUAGAGAGGGUUCCCCACUUACUUCAGAAGUGUAAACUUCGACAGGCGUUAGAGCGUGUGUACGGGUUGAUAUGUGGGGAUUCAGCCAAUGUCUCAGCAUGUCAAUUGUCUGUGCCUGGCAUUAAUCUCGUUCCUUUUUCAGUUCUAGCUGGCCAGCUUGUUUCUCAUCCUCUUCUUAAUAGCAUGCUUCAUCUUGCCGCAAAGUUUAUGGCUGCUUUCUUUUACACCAAGACUGCUAAAAUUGUCUGGUGUCCCCUUCCUGUAGCUAUAGGCUUCCCUGCAUUAUCAAGAAGGAGAAUAGAAGUGGCCCACGAAACUCUCACUGGUGCCAUUGCCAAGCAUAAACCUCUCCACUAACUGGACUCCUACACAUGCAGUGGAGUUGCUACUGCUUGGUGGUCUGUGGUACGAGGCUGCUAGAAUUGCAGUGAAGACAGGUGAUUGGAAGACGGGCUUGACACUCUGUGCUGUUAUUAUCACUCUGAGUAGGACCUUAGCAGACUAUCAGUUAAGCUCCGACACGGCUAACAACGUUACCCAAGUAGACAAGUUUGCCCGCAAGCUCGCUGUGGGCAGGAUACUCAGAGACUUAGUCUUUCUAGAGACAGAACGAUGAAAACUGGCCCAGUAGACCAGACUGGACCAAACCUGCACCUCAUCUCUGGGGUCCUGGCUCUCUGUGAGAGUGGAGGAGUGAGUGGUGUCUGUCCUCAGGUCAGUUUCCUCAUUCACCAGAGGCUGUGGACUUCAGUGGACAGUCUACCAGUCAGAGUCUCGGAGGAAUUCCCAUUGCCUUCUCCUCCACUGUAUGACAUCUCCACUUCAACUGAUGAAAAGAACUCAGAGGAAGGUCAGAAUCGACAGACUCUGACUCACCUGAUCAGGUCCGGUCUACAGAUGUUGUGUGGGAGCAACUCUUUGGACCUGUGUUGUAGCUGGUACUCUAGUUCCCUGGUACAGCUACUCUCUGACCCCGGAGCAUGUCCCAGUGUCAGAAUCAUGCCUAGUGUGGACGGCACCAUCACUGAACCCGAAAUGCCUUCCUUAUUGCUCCAACUGUCAACAAAUUUUUCAGGGCAGGACUUCGACAUGUCCCACAGUGUCCAGUGUCAGCUGGCUCUAUUCAGAGAGCUGUGCUGUCUUCUCUGGCUCCUGCAUGUCAGAGAUAAAGCCUCCCAACAACUGAGACAAGUGUUUCAAUCAGACUUGUGCGAAAAGGAAAGUGGGUGUGAGUCUGAACAGACUGUGUCCGAGUGUGCUCUGUGGUGUGCAGACUCCUCCCCCUGAG